GCAGGCCCGCGCUGGCGGCCGCCGGCGCCGCGUCCCCGCCCCUCCGCCAUGGCCGAUGUGGAGGACGGGGACGAGCCCGGCGCCCCCCACUCGCACCCGGGCUCCGCGGGCUCCAAGGCGGGCGGCCCCGACAAGAUGUUCUCGCUGAAGAAGUGGAACGCGGUGGCCAUGUGGAGCUGGGAUGUGGAGUGCGACACCUGCGCCAUUUGCCGGGUGCAGGUCAUGGAUGCCUGUCUUAGAUGUCAAGCUGAAAACAAACAAGAAGAUUGUGUUGUGGUUUGGGGAGAAUGCAAUCAUUCCUUCCACAAUUGCUGCAUGUCCCUGUGGGUGAAACAGAAUAAUCGCUGUCCCCUCUGCCAGCAGGACUGGGUAGUCCAGAGAAUAGGCAAAUAAAAACACUGGAAGUUUUUUUUUCCCAUCAAACUUGUUGAAAUAGUGUAUGUCUUACACCUUAUGCUCAUACAGAAGAAUGGAACAUGUCAAUCGUGGCAUGAUUUAUUUAGUUUUAUGUGCUAGAAGAUCGGUGAGGUUUUGUAUGCUCUUUGCUGUACAAGGAGGCAAUGGUCUGCAGUCUUACUGCAGAUAUUUCCACAAUAAACCAAGAGACACUACGUUAACCAGUGCCAUCUGUUAUGAUUUGAGUGUUAACUGUAUGAGAGCAUAGAAGUGUGGUGGUGCAGAUUAUACCCUAAAUACAGUUUAUUUAAUGUUUUUGUGUAGGUAAAUGAAUAAAUUUGCAAGGGCGACCUUACCUGUAAGUCUGAUACACAGGAUAGUUUUCUGUCAGGAAAAAGAAAUUGUUUUCUAAAUAAUAUUAUAUACAAAAACAGUGAGUGAGGUUUUUUUAGAAAGUAUUCUGGGUUUUAAUCUAAAUAGCGUGUAAAGCAUUUGCUAUAUGCUUUUUCUAUCACGCUAUACUAAACAUUUCUAAUUUAGCUUUUCUUCAUGACUUCAGAAAAUUUUGUUUUCUUGUAUCUCUGUCUGUUGCUGUAUUGUAUUCUAUAUGUGACUUCUACAACCAUAGCAUUAAAAUUUAACCCCAUUCAUAAUUCUUUAACUUAUAUUUCUGAUAAAGAUAAUGGAGACAUGUAUAUUUAAUCCAGAGACUUUUGGUACAAAGACAUGUAUUUGGUAUCAGUUGGCUGGGGGCGUAAACAAUCCUCCUGGUUAGCUGACUAAUAUGGAAAGCCAACAAAACUGGUAAUUUAAUAAUCCCAAGGAAAGCAGGUACUAAUUAAAUCUAGGGAAAAAUGUUAAAUUGUGUUUUCAUGAAAAUUCAGUUAAUAGAAAUUUAUCAUCAUUUUAUUGGUUACAGUAUUUUGGAAGUGGGAGAAAGCAUUGUGUCAAUUUUGUGGAAAUCCUCAAUAUCUUUUUUUUUUUUUAAUAUAUAUAUAUGAGUCAUGUAUUUUUUUCUUACAAAUAUUUAUAUGCUUGCCUCUGACUUUGUCUUUUCCCUAAAUAUCCAAAGUAAUUACUAUUAAUCUGAACAUAUGCUCUGGGAUUAUUUUUUUAAAAUACAUGUAAUAGGUUGAAUUACUGCUUUAAAUCUGUAACAAGUUCAGGCUUAAUAAAAUGGAUAAUAAACCUGGGUGAAAUUGAACGAAUAUUAUAUGCAUUUCAUGUUUACUUCAGAAUUGUCAUCUUAAAUGUUUAAUGCAUUUCUCAGCAGAUGUAUUUCUAUCUAGUUCUGUUUAUUUAAAGAGGUUUAUCUUCUCUGUGUAAGCUAGUUCCAAUGGCAAUCACUGUGUCAUCAAGCAUACAUGCAGAGUUUACUGUGGGUUUGUUUAAUACUUGUAAUCUUGUUUUUACAAUGUUUUGAUUUUUUUUAAUAUAACUUUUGUCUCAUUACAAACUGAGAUCAAAGAAUUUUCUCUGUCACUGUUACAGUGUAUCACAUUGGUUGUUAUUAUCGCAGAUGAUGUCUGUCAUUGAAAACAACUGUAAAAUAGGUGAACAGUAGUAAUGAAGUGCCUGAAGCACUUAUGCUGUUGGGGAGUAUUUGUGUUUGUGUAAAGCAAUUCUUCCUAAAAUGACUGCGAAAAA